UGAGACGAACAACUCCAUUUCUGCUGACAGGUGUUUUAUUUUUUUGCUUUCUAAAUAGAGGUUUGUCGUCUGUUGACGAAGAUUAUGAAGAAUAUUCGGAAGAAGAUUCCGAGGAAGAUUUGAACGAUCAGGAAAUAUUAGACUGCUUAAGAAUAGGAAUGUGCGAUAGAGGAACCCCUUAUCCACAGAAGGUUCGAGGAUGCUUGAGAAUUGUACCGCACGAUGAUUUGUUGAAAUUUCGAAAUGCAAUUAGUGUGCAAGUAAGCAACCCGAAACUGCAGAGCGAAGACCCGGAUGAAGUCGCAGAUGGCGUCUGUGAGCUACCAGAAGAUGAACGGAUUGACACCAUCAAUGUUUUUGGAAGAACGCUUGUUGAGCAGUUUACAGCAGCCUGUUCUUCUGAAGACAAAUCUAUGUGCAAGUUAUUGCUGAAGGUUAUUGAAUGCUUUAUACCAAUAGCUGAAGCAGCCGCCAAAGAUGGCCUCUGUGGGAAAAAUGCUUCCAAGGAGUAAUGCAUUCUGUUCUUCAAGCCAAAAGAUUUCUAUACUUGAACGCCUGUGUACAAUAGCAGAUGCAUAAGUUGACGAAA